AUGGAGCCAGAAAAGCCAACCUCAGCGGGGCUGGAACGAGUGCGGGAUAAGGAGGGCAACGACAAGGGCUGUUGGCCAUCUGGGAAGGUGGCUGAUGACUGCAGAGAGGCAGACAUUGCACCCAUCCUCCAGAAGGGCCAGAAGGAGGAUUUGGAGAACUACAGCCCAGUCAGCCUCACCUCAUUCCCUGGGAAGGUGUCUGUCCUAACUCUUCACUGCCCUUGGACAGGCCCUCGUAUGCAGAGGGAACAAAUGUUUAAUGGCAGCUCCAUCACUGAGUUCCUCCUCCUGGCAUUCUCAGACACACGGGAGCUGCAGCUCUUGCACUUCUGGCUCUUCCUGGGCAUCUACCUGGCUGCUCUCCUGGGCAAUGGCCUCAUCAUCACUGCCAUAGCCUGCGACCACCACCUCCACACCCCCAUGUACUUCUUCCUCCUCAACCUCUCCCUCCUCGACCUGGGCUCCAUCUCCACCACUGUGCCCAAAGCCAUGGCCAAUUCCCUCUGGGACACCAGGGCCAUCUCCUACACAGGAUGUGCUGCACAGGUCUUUUUCUUUUUCUUUCUAAUGCCAGCAGAGUUUUCCCUUCUCACUGUCAUGGCCUAUGACCGCGAUGUUGCCAUCUGCCAACCCCUGCACUAUGGGACCCUCCUGGGCAGCAGAGCUUGUGUCCACAUGGCAGCAGCUGCCUGGGGCACUGGGUUUCUCUAUGCUGUGCUGCACACAGCCAAUACAUUUUCUAUACCACUCUGCCAGGGCAAUGCCCUGGAUCAGUUCUUCUGUGAAAUCCCUCAGAUCCUCAAGCUCUCCUGCUCAGACACCUACCUCAGGGAAGUUGGGCUUCUUGUGGUUAGUGCCUGUUUAUUCUUUGUGUGCUUUGUUUUCAUUGUGCUGUCCUAUGUGCAGAUCUUCAGGGCCGUGCUGAGGAUCCCCUCUGAGCAGGGAUGGCACAAAGCCUUUUCCAUGUGCCUCCCUCACCUGGCCGUGGUCUCACUGUUCAUCAGCACCUCAUUUUUUGCCUACCUUAAACCCCCCUCCAUCUCCUCCCGAUCCCUGGACCUGGUGGUGGCCGUUCUGUACUCGGUGGUGCCUCCAGCAGUGAACCCCCUCAUCUACAGCAUGAGGAACCAGGAGCUCAAGGAGGCCCUGAGGAAACUAAUCCAAUGGACCUUGCACCACCAACAGUAA